CCUUACCUCCCAGUCCCACAAAUAAAUUUACAUUUCCAAACAAAAAAAUUGGAUCAAAAAGGGUUUCAAGAGAAGAAACAAUGAAACUCCUCCUUGUGAUCUUUCUCGUUCAUGCAAUAUUUAUCCCAUGCUUUUCCUUUGACGUAUCGGGAAAGGAUCUUCCUUUAACCCUCGACAAUUACAAGUCUACUUGCCCCACCGCAUUUGACGUCAUCAAGAAAGAAAUGGAAUGCAUAGUGAAGGAAGAUCCUAGAAAUGCAGCCAUAGUUAUUCGUCUACACUUCCAUGACUGUUUUGUCCAAGGAUGCGAUGCAUCGGUGUUACUGGAUGAAACAGAGACACUGCAGGGAGAGAAGAAAGCUUCUCCCAACAUAAACUCAUUGAAAGGAUACGAAAUUGUAGACAGAAUCAAGAACAUAAUCGAAUCUGAAUGUCCUGGAGUCGUUUCCUGCGCUGAUCUUCUCACGAUUUCUGCUAGAGAUGCUACAAUCCUGGUUGGUGGGCCUUACUGGGACGUUCCUGUGGGAAGAAAAGAUUCAAAGACAGCAAGCUACGAGCUUGCAACAACGAACCUUCCAACUCCUGAAGAGGGUUUAGUCAGCAUCAUCUCUAAAUUCUACUAUCAGGGUCUCUCUGUUGAAGACAUGGUCGCUCUUGUUGGAGCUCACACGAUCGGGAAAGCACAAUGCCGGAACUUCCGUUCACGGAUCUACGGUGAUUUUCGGGUGACGUCUGCGCUGAAUCCUGUGUCGGAGACGUACCUGACGAGCCUCCGAGAGUUGUGUCCGGAGAGCAGCGGAGAAGGUGACAGCAACGUGACGGCGAUGGACAACGUGACGCCGAAUCUCUUCGACAACUCUAUCUACCACACGUUGCUGAGAGGAGAAGGGUUAUUGAACUCGGACCAAGAGAUGUACUCGAGCAUGUUCGGUAUACAGACGCGGCGUAUAGUGAGCAAGUACGCGGAGGAUCCGGUUGCUUUCUUCGAGCAAUUCUCUAAGUCGAUGGUGAAGAUGGGGAACAUUUUGAACUCUAAGAGCUUGGUCGAUGGAGAAGUUCGAAGAAACUGCAGAUUCGUUAAUACAUGAAAACAUCCAUUAGCAAAACUAUUUUCUUAAGUCCAGUUACAGAAAAAAAAAAAAACUAUUUUCCUAUCAUUAUUUAUUUUAAAAGGAAAUCCAUCUUUUUAUCUC